AUGGCUCAGGAGGCUCAGACGCAGGCCCCGUACGGCGGCGGCACCGGCCCCGGCGGCGGAGACAAUCCGCAGCCCCGGUCUUCGCCCACCGCUCCAGCGCCCGGCUCCUCCUCCGGCCAAGCGCCCGGCUCAAACGCGGCUUCUGCUGCCUCGCAGCCUCAGUCCGCCCAGCAUAAGCGGGUCUACCAGGCAUGUAUCCCGUGCCGACGCCGCAAGGUCCGCUGCGAUCUUGGCAGCGUCGACAACCCCCACGACCCGCCGUGCGUCCGCUGCCGCCGCGAGUCCAAGGACUGCUACUUCAGUGCCACCCGCCGCAAGAGGAAGACCGACGACGAGGAUGAGAGGGAGGAUGAGUACAUCAUCCGCAACGGCCGCAAGAGACUGCACCCCGGCGAGUCCCCGCCGCCGCCAGUCGACCGCAGAGGUUAUACCGACACUCCUCUGACCCCCGGCGGCUCCUUAGGCCGCCCACAGCCGCUGCGAAGGCCAGGUCUCGGCGAGCACACUCGAUCCGACUCGAGGAGCAGCGUCAGUGGCACCCGCGGCCCGAGUGCUGCCGAGUUCCCGGCCGACGAGCCAAACACGCCCCUCGAGAACUAUGAGGCCCGCACCGCCGCCACCGACAACAAGCACGACGGCGUCGCCCAGCCGCACACCCUGAGUCCGCAGACUUCUGACCUGCGGACCCCCUCACUGACCGCUCCUCUCGGGGGCCUGCCACGGGGUAAUGAUGGCAUACUCUAUGCCCAGCAUGCCGUCGCACCACGCGGGCCCAUGGACGCGCCCAUCGAUCCCCAACUCACAGAGUCUGACGCCAAGGCAGAGUCGACACCAGGCCAUGCGGAUGCUCUCAAGGCCUGGGCCAGGUUCCGCUUCGUGAGGGCUGGGUGGUUCACUUCCCAGGAAGCCAUCGACUACAUUGACUACUACUACAAAUAUCUCUCGCCAUUGACCCCUAUCUCACCGCCAACCUUCCAGGACCCUGCCACCCACUUGACACUCUUGACUGAGGAGCCCAUACUCACUGUCACCCUCCUGUGCAUAGCGUCCAGGUACCGAAAGCUGCCUGGCACAGGAGGCGUAAGCCGCGCGAAUGCUAUCCAUGAGCAACUGUGGACUUAUCUGCGAGGUAUGAUCGAGCGAGUGAUCUGGGGCCAGGAGGCUUUCGGCGGUGGCUUCUGCGGCUCAGGCGCAGACGAGUCUCAGACGUCGAGCACAGCCCCAUGGCGUGGUCUCAGGAAGGGAAGUCUGCGUACCUUCGGCACCAUAGAAUCGCUGAUGAUCUUGACCGAGUGGCACCCCAGAGCCUUGCAUUUCCCUCCGUCGGAGGCUGUCGACGAGCUGAUGAUACCUGCAUAUGACUCUGCGCCUCCUGCUGACGGGCAGGACGAAAACAACAACCCCGCUGUCGGCGUUGGCGGCAGGAGGGUUGAGAGCUGGCUCGAGCCAGCUUGGAGAAGCGAUCGCAUGUGCUGGAUGCUGCUGACUGCAGCCAUGGGCCUCGGCUAUGAACUAGGUGUGUUCGACAACAUCGAGGAGCUCCUGGAGAUGGGGGCCAUCUCGCGCCCGGAGUACGAAGAAGAAUCAUAUCGGCUGCGAGCCCACCGCAUCAAGCGCCUCAUCCUCAUCUAUCUGAGUCAGCUAGCGGGACGACUUGGAUGGACCAACAUGGUCCCUGAGAGCUUGAGGCGGCAGGCCUCCCUGAAUCGUCCGACGUCCGUCGAAGGUACUACGCCUGGAACCAAUAUCUCAACUGUUUCGUUCAAUUACAUCCCUGACCUGGAACUAGACGACCAGAUUAUCCAAUGCUGGGCGGGCAUCAGCAACGCCAUGCACGCUGGCAACGAGAGGCUCUUCAGGUCAAGACAGCACACCACGGAAAUCAUCCAGAGCGGGAAAUACAUUGAUCUGCUGAAGGAGUUCCAGCCAAUGCUGCAGGCUUGGUGGACACAGUUCGACCGCUUCCGCUUGCCCCCGUACAGCCGCCACAUCCUCACCAUCGAGUACGAGUACGUCCGGAUCUACGUCAACUCCCUGUCGCUACAGGCUGUAGUCGAGCGUUGUGCCACCAUUGCGUCGGGCGCGUCGGGCACGUCAGCUGCGGCCCCUGAUGCGCCAGGUUCCACGGCGUCCGGCCAUCAACUCAGCCCCAAGACUCAGGACAUCUACGGCAAGAUGCCGAUUGGUAACAUCGGCGGUGUCAGUGCCGCAGAUCAGGAGUAUAUACGGGAAGUUGUCGAAGGGAGUCGGAACCUGCUACGGACUGUCGUGGAGGGCUUGCUCCCCGAUGAUUAUCUGAAGCACGCACCUGUGCGUACAUAUUUCAGGAUCAUCAGCGGGGCCAUGUUCCUGCUCAAGACAUUCGCACUCGGUGCGACAAGACAUGACGUCGAGGUGUCCAUUGGCCUGAUGGAUAGUACAGUCAAGGCACUGCGCACCUGCGUUGUGGACGACGUGCACCUCGGCAUCCGGUUUGCUGACCUCUUGGAAAAUCUCACCAUGCGGCUAAGGAACCGCUUUAUAUACGUUGCGCACCAGCCCGGCAACACGCAGGCAAACUCGGCAGACGGCGUCAGGAGCCCCGUGCCGGAGGCCGGCAUGACUGGCGGCCAAGUCAUGCACCCGGGCCUGGGCAUCAAUGGACAUGAUCACAUUGGCUGGCCCAGGGUGAACGCGCCGGAACGUGCCGUGACACCGGCCAACAUCUCCGCCAUGCCGUUCGACAUCCCCAGCGACUUCCACAUCCCAAGCGUCUUCGGCGGGCCCACGACGCCGGCAUCGACCGCCAUGCCGGUGAACGGCAACGGCGGCACCAACAACAACAACGCCAACUCGAACGCGAUGGCGGCCGGCGCCGGCAACAACAUGCCCGACAUGUUCGGCGCCGACGGCACGGACUGGGCCGGCGCCAACAGCGACAUGUGGUUCCUACCAGCGGGCCCCGCCUUCUUCCAGAGCGUGGGCGCGGCCGGCGAGAACAACGUCGCCAUGUCUGCAGAGGGCGUCAAUGUUGGAGGGAUCGACCUCCUGGAUUACAUGGCCAUGGACGACUACCCCAUGGGCGGUGGCGGGCCGCUCUAG